AGUUGGAUUUGAGAAUUCUAAGUAAUUUUCCUCAUAUUCAUUACUACUGGAAGCGAGAGAUUAACGAUCUCAGAGCUCUUUUGUGAAGAUUUGGAAUGGGAGAGACAGAAGACAAAGUAGAGAAGCAUGACGGUGCAGCAAAAGUUGAAGAUGCGGAGAAGAAGAACGAGGAGAAGAAGAAAGAUAAGCAAGAAGAUGAAGGUGAGAAAGGACAAAAAAGUGGUGAUAAAGAAAAGAAGAAGAAAGACAAGGGGGAUAAGGAUAAGAAGGAUGGAAAAGAGAAGGAGAAGAAUCCUCAAGACAAAAAAGACCCCACAAAAUUGAAGCAAAAAUUGGAGAAGAUUGAUGCAAAGAUACAAGCAAUGGUUGCUAAAAAAGAAGAAAUUCUCAAGCUCCUUAAUGAAGCGGAGAAGAGUACAGUGAAUCCCAGUGGAGAAACAGGAGAAAAUUCCAAAUAUUAGUAAAAACGUUACAGCUCUAAUAACCAAUUCAAUCAUGUAUUAUGUUAAAUGGAUACAUGAUUCUUUUGUCAAUGUGUUAAUAGUCAUUGUGUUUUUAGUUGUUUUAGUCAUGAGUCAUUUGUAAAGAAAAUAGAAAGUUGUCUCAUACAAGUAUGAGACUAAAACUUUAUUAAAAUACUUAAAUAGGACCUGCUAUAUUUAUUUUCCUUAGUAGGACCGCAUUUGUCUGAUUUUGA